AGGGCGAGCCGAAGAUGAGUAAAGUGUAAACCCCUUGUAUAUAAAAGUAAAACCAAAGAGAAGCCUCGCAAUUCAAUUCAAAAUCAAACGACUCAAAUAUCACCAAGAUCAAGAAAGCAAUGGAUGAUUGGGAUUUUUUGAGUGCAGAAGAUUUGGACAAAUUAGAAAGAGAUGCUUACCAACAAAUUGCUCAACGCAAUCUCUCCUCCUCUUCUUCUUCCACCACCACUACUCCCCCAAUUCACAAGGUAGAUGAUUUGGCUACAAUAUCCAGAAAUUUACCCGAAUCAGCAUUAAAAGUCACUGGUGAUUGUUCAAAACAACAGACAAAGAUCUCUAUCAAAUUUUUUCUACAUGCUAGUGGGAACAUCGCUGCCAAAUUUUUGUAUAAUCAGGUAGUCGUCGAGGCUUUCCGUAAAAUUCCCAGAGCUAGCUGGAAUGGCAGUGAAAGAUUAUGGAUGUUCCCUGUGUCGUCAUUGUCAUCUGCAGAAAAAAUUCUCAGUGACAUAUCUGGUUUGAAUGUUGAGGUAGAAAACCUAGAUCCUUUGGUUCGACGUGCUAUAGCUGCAGCCUCUGCAGUUUCAGAUCUACGAGAUCAGUAUAGUUGCAUUCCAAGUUAUGUUGAGUCAAAGCUUCUACCGUUUCAGCGUGAGGGGGUUAGGUUCGCACUGCAGCAUGGAGGACGUGUCCUUUUGGCUGAUGAAAUGGGUUUAGGAAAAACUUUGCAGGCUAUUGCUGUUACCACAUGUGUGCGUGAUUCCUGGCCCGUUCUUGUUCUCACUCCAUCUUCUUUAAGACUGCAUUGGGCGUCGAUGAUCCAACAAUGGCUGAACCUCCCAUCAUCAGAUAUACUGGUGGUUUUAUCUCAAUGUUCUGGUUCAAAUAAGGCUGGAUUCACUAUAAUUCCCUCAAAUAGGAAAGGAACUGUUCGUCUUGAUGGCGUAUUCAAUAUUAUAUCCUAUGAUAUUGUACCAAAGUUGCAAGACACAUUAAUGGCAUCUGAUUUUAAGGUUGUAAUUGCAGAUGAAUCACACUUCUUGAAGAAUGCUCAAGCCAAAAGGACCAGUGCUGCCCUUCCCAUAUUAAAGAAAGCUCAAUACGCGAUUUUGCUCACUGGAACUCCGGCUUUAUCACGGCCAAUUGAACUACAUAAACAGCUAGAAGCCUUGUAUCCUGAUGUAUAUAAAAAUGUACAUGAAUAUGGUAACCGAUACUGCAAGGGUGGUGUAUUUGGACUGUAUCAAGGUGCAAGUAACCAUGAAGAGCUUCACAAUUUAAUUAAAGCAACAGUGAUGAUUCGUAGACUCAAGAAGGACGUGCUGACUGAACUUCCUAUGAAGCGGAGACAACAGGUGUUCCUUGAUCUUUCAGAGAAAGAUAUGAGACAGAUAAACGCUUUGUUCCGUGAGCUGGAAGUGGUCAAGAUCAAAGUUAAAGCCAGCCAAUCCAAAGAGGAAGCCGAGUCUCUAAAGUUUACUGAGAAACAUCUAAUUAACAAGAUUUAUACCGACUCUGCAGAAGCGAAGAUCCCAGCAGUUUUGGAUUACUUAGGAACUGUCAUUGAGGCGGGCUGUAAGUUCUUAAUAUUUGCACAUCAUCAGCCAAUGAUUGAUGCAAUACACCAAUUUUUCCUGAAGAAAAAAGUUGGUUGCAUUCGCAUUGAUGGUGGAACACCAGCAGCAUCAAGGCAAGCGUUGGUUACAGAGUUUCAGGAAAAAGAUUCUAUUAGUGCAGCAGUGCUAUCAAUUAGAGCUGCAGGUGUUGGGUUAACCUUAACAGCUGCAAGUACCGUGAUAUUUGCGGAGCUGUCAUGGACUCCGGGGGACAUUAUUCAAGCUGAAGAUCGUGCUCAUAGGAUUGGGCAGGUUUCAGCAGUCAACGUAUAUUAUCUGCUAGCUAACGACACGGUUGAUGACAUAAUAUGGGAUGUUCUCCAGAGCAAGCUGGAAAAUCUUGGACAGAUGCUUGAUGGAAAUGAGAAUUCGUUGGAGGUUUCUGCUAGCGAGUUAAAAAGCAGCCCUUCAAAGCAGGGACCAAAUUUCCCCUCGAGCAGCCCAGGAAAGCAGAAAACAUUAGACUCCUUUGUAAAACGGUGUACUAACAUUCAAAAACACGAAGACGAGCCUAAUGCUAAACAAGCUAGGCACUGUUAAAAUGAUCAGAUGCUUGUGGCGAAAGAUAUAUGGUGCACCCUUUGAAAUAUGGCAUAUUCCUUAGAUUUAGCUGUAGAUUAAUUGUAGUUGCAACAUGCAAAUCGGUCAAUAGAGCAUGUAAAUAGUGAAUCUUGCCAAAUUUGCAGCUUGAUGGUGUGAUAAUGAAGGUCUUUUGUGACAA